CUUCAUGAGUGUGUGAUCAGUGUAAGAAGCGAGGUCUUCGGGAGAGCACGCGACUCGUACAGACACUGCCCAUGAAUGGAAACAAGGGAUGAGCUAGUGAUUGUGACAGUGACACCCCACGGGAUUAUUGGGAUUAGCCGAAUGUGUGACAGUGUGGGAUUUUCGGUGCAGUGAACCAACCAUGGAACCACUCUGAGCCAAUCAACAGAAGUGGGCGGUUUUGAAGAGGGAGUUUCCCGAUGUCAUGUCCCGAAACAUGUCUUCGAAGCGGAAGAGUCCUCCGACGAAGCUUCAAGAAGGCGAAGGAGGCGGCCCGCUGCCUCAGCUCGGUGGCGGCAGCGACGGCGGCGGCUUGACGGAUCUCGACGAAACUAGUAGUAAUAAUCUAAGUGACGGCGAAGACAUCGGCGCCGGGGGCGGCACGAUGGUCAAUAACUCCAGCGCGUUUUAUAAACUAUCCGAAUCGUCAUCUCCGAGUGUUUCAGGCAGCGAAUUAGACGACGGUCUCGACGACGACCGAACGCCGCCUCCAUCCAAAAGGAUGUACUCAGAAGCGCCGAAUUUGCUAAUGCCGACGCUGAACGUCGCCGAAAGACGUAGAAACUCGUCCGAGUGCAGUUCGCCUACUUCCGAUAUUAAGACUUUACAUUACAAUAACAAUAGUAGUUUACACAAUAAUAAUAGUUCCUCGCAUCCGAUGAAAAGAUCCAUGGAUGACGUCCUUAAAAGACUCACUUCCAAAAUAAAUAACAGCACGAUCAAAGAAGAAAAAAGGCCGACGCCGUCUUCCACGCCCAACUCCACCAACAAUUCGGACGUCGAACCCACCGCGGCCAUCCAGCAAGCCCUCUCCGGCGACAACUUCGUGGAAAAGGACCGCAAACUCUCCGAACUGAUCCUGCAGCUGCAGAUGGUCCGCGAGCAACUCAUCUCUCAGCAGCAGCAACAGCAGCAGCAGGACACGAAGUCUCAAGGCACCCAACAAUUAGUCAAUGAAACCCACAAACAAUUGGAGUUCCAAAGACGACAGCAGGAACAAAUGCUGCAACAGCAACAAAAAUUGCAAGAACUCCAAGGCCAAAUUACGGCACAAUACGCCGCCAGUGGCGUGGGGCCACAAGGACUUAUGUUCCUCCCGUUUUUGGAGCAACUACGAGGACUCCAGCCUCCCAAAUCUCUUGCCAAUCACAUGCUGCCCCCUCACCAAGUCCCCAGUUGGAUCUCCGCGACCGCCCAUUUGGCUCACAUGUCGGCCAGUUCAGACAAAAGGUCGCCCACCCCCCAACGGACCCCGUCGCCACCAGCGCCGCCGACAGACCCCGACGCCCCCCUCAAUCUCACGAAACCGAAAUCGUCGAGUUCCGGAUCGGCGGGAUCGAGUCCGCAAAGUGCCCCAGCCGGCCUGCAGACUUUCAACGAUCAGCCGGUGGCGGCCACCGCCCCCAAACUUCUACCUCCCAGUUUAGUUAUGCCUAGGGCGUUUUUGCCCUACGCCGGAUUGCCCCCGCAGUUUAGUCCGCUGCCGGCGAGCGUCGACCGGAAAGGGAAAGAUGAGAAGCAACCUCAUUUCCCGAUGCAUAUGUACGGGUUGCCGGCGCCCCCGCACAUGGGGGGCAGGCCCAAGGACGACGGGGGCAUCAAAGACGAGACAGAUUUCAUGGCGGCGUGUCAUAUGUGGGGCGGCCCCGAUCCGAACUUCAAACUCGACGAAAACUCCGAAAAAGCGAAAAUUAUCCGCCAGCAGCCCAAACGCGACUCCGAGAACAAACCCCACAUCAAACGCCCCAUGAACGCCUUCAUGGUGUGGGCCAAGGACGAACGCCGCAAAAUCCUUAAAGCCUGCCCCGACAUGCACAACUCUAACAUAUCCAAGAUCCUCGGCGCCCGCUGGAAAUCCAUGUCCAACGCCGAGAAACAGCCCUACUACGAGGAACAAUCCCGCCUCUCGAAGCUCCACAUGGAGAAGCAUCCCGAUUACCGCUACCGCCCCCGGCCCAAGCGCACAUGCAUUGUCGACGGCAAGAAAAUGCGCAUCUCGGAGUACAAGAUGCUGAUGCGGCAACGACGCCAGGAGAUGAGACAAUUGUGGUGCCGCGACGGCGCCUCCGAUAUGAAUUUCUCACUGUCGGGAGCCGACCUGGGGGCGGCGACGGCCACGAGGGCCGGCUCCCCGAUGGGGAUGGUCAACGGCGCGGGGCCAAGCGCCGAAGGGUUUUAUUACCCCGAGGGGGCGUCACCCGAUGCUCUCAACUUCGCACAGGACCACGUGAUGAUGCACGACUCGAGUCCGAGGAAUGAGGACGAAUGAGUCUGGCAGAACGGGGAAAAACGGUUCCCUUGGUACUGAGCGGGAGGCUGAGCCUCUGUACAAAAGUGUAUAGGUUUCGGGGGCAAGUGGGGUGGGGGCUUUAGGAAAGGCUGACAAGACCAAAUGUGCCACAAAGAGGAAACUAUUCAUACUUUCGAUUUUGUCUGAUUUUUCGGAGAAGCAGGAAUUUGAAAUUUGACACGAUGUAGUACUCGUAAAUCUUAAAUAUGUAUAGGACUAUUUCGAUUUUUUUGAAACUUUUAUGUUGUCUAUUCAACAUUAAUAGAUAAAGGAAUAAAUUAGAAGGCAAUUAAAGGAAUAUAAAAAAAUAAAAUCUAAACAUAUCGAGACUAGACAUUUCUAAACCAAGGUGUUGAUUACAGUAUGAUUACAGUAUCUAAUCAAAUCAAAUUUCUGCUCUGUGUAUUCAGUGUCUCGUUAACCUUUUCUAAAGUUCUCACCCCAUUUUGGAAACGCAAAUAAAGGCAGUCAUUUCUCGUGCCAUCGAAUGUGAAGCGACCUUACGCACUCGAAACUAUUGGAUUUAUUUAAAAGUUGGUGUUGUAGUUGUACCUAUUGUUAUGUAGAUAUAUUACUUUAGAUCUUCAAGUUAUUUAUUAUACUAGUUUUUAAUGUUUUUUCUUUUUGUUUUUUAUUUUGUAAAUUAAUGUAAAGUUUUAUACAUAGUUUAUACAUUGCAUCGAUGAGGAAUCAGCUUUACUUUUUAUCGAAUUGUUUUAUUUUGUUUUGUUAGUUUUUAACGAUUCUAGUCUUCUCAUUAUCAAGCUUUAAAGUCAGGACAGAAAUUCUUAAUUUACUGAGUUUUGGUACAAAUUUAGUUUCGAAAUGUAAUAAGAGGACUAGAGUUGAACGAAAGGAAAAUCUUUAAAUUAAAAGUGCAAUGUACCUAUCGUAAAAAUAGAUUUGUUCUCAACUGUUGAUGUUUAUAUAUUUUAAUAUAAGAGCCAGUACUUUAAGUAAUUAUUAUUUAUUUUCAACAGUUUUUUGUACUUGUACAGUGAAACUCAUAUUAAAAAUUAAAAUUAGUAUGAAACUAUGUACUUAGACAUUAAAAGUUAUCCCUCAUAUACAUAACAAUUAUAUUCAGAAAAGGUCAAAGUAUAGUAAUGUUAAGCCUCAAAAUUUGGUAUCUACAGUGACCCAAUGCUGGUUAUGCAUUUGUUUCUUCUCUCCAAUAAAAAUUUAUUUAUGCACAUGCAAGGUCAUUGCAACAAAAAGUACCUACUACAAUCAUCUCGCAACUUGCGUGCCCAUGAAUAAAACCGUUUUCUUUCUUUUUUUUUCAACACAAAAUGUGAUACCUGUAAUUAGGUAUAGUGUAAAUUUUUAAGUAUUUACUCAGUUUUAAGUAUGCACGACUAUUAUGAAAGAGUUACGAGAAUGUGUAGUGCAUUUAAAAUAUUCCAUAAUGCAUCAUAGGGCUAGUGAGUGUUUGUAAACAAUACCAUUCUCAGUGUAAAAUUAUAUAGUAAGUCAUAUAUCGCAUCAAAUGGUUACAACUGAAAUGUCUACUAGGAAAUAGGCUCACUGUUCUUUUCUGUGCCAAAUUCAAAUAAAACUAUAAACUGUAAAAA